AUGUGGAAGGAAUGCCCAAAUGUUCCUUCAACGGCACCUCAAGGCUUUGUUGUCUCGCCGUCUGAAGGCUCACUUCCUGGGCGGCGCUUCUUUAUUCGGCUGCCUAUUCACAUUGAAGUCGAGGUGGGAACGGAAGCGCGACAUGUUCCGUACGACAACGACUGCCUCAAACCGUACCUCUUCCCCAAGAAACCAACCAAGCCAAAAUACCCUGCAAGCGCGCCUUUCAUCACCGCUCGCCGCUCGCCGCUCGCCGCGCUCGCCAUGGGCCAGACAGACAUCCCCCUCCCCACUGCCCCCGUGGCUGAUCCCCGCCACCACCGCCCUCCUCGGCGGCGGCAUCGCCCUAUGGCUCGUCACCUACGCGCUCAUGGUGCCCCGCUCCUCGCCACGAAAUCCUCCCCGAUCCCUCUGCUCGCCCUAUCCAUCAACCUCGCGUGGGAAAUCGUCUUUACCGUGUUCGUGACGGAGCACGCCAUCGAGCGCUUCGGCUUCGCCCUCUGGCUCGCCUUCGACGCCGGCAUCAUCUACGUGACCCUCGCCGCCGCGCCGUACGAGUGGGGCCCCGCGCCCCGUCGUGGCGAGGAAUCUGGGCCGCAUCCUCGCGGGCUUGGUGGCCGUCGGCUGCCUGGCGCAAUGGGCCUUUGUGGCCUGGUGUGGUACGGCGUGGAGGGCAUCGACACGACGGAGCUGGCGUACUGGACGGCCGGAUUCGCUCAGGUCGUUGGAAGCGCGCUGAGCGUGUGGGACUUGUUCGUUCGUGGGCAUUCGGGCGGCACGAGCUACGGCAUUUGGCUUGCCCGCACCAUCGGGACGCAGUGCGGCCUGACCCUGAACUCUGGUCUCCUCUGGUGGUACUGGCCCGAAGCCCACGCCUACUACCUCACCGCGCCCUCUCUUUCAUGCUCGGCCUCUCCACUGCGGGUGCCCUCCAUCCUCAAAGCCCCUCGCAUCGAGCCCAAGGACUCCAACCAUCUACGAGCGAUGUACUACGCGUUGAACAACACACAAAUCUGCGUUAUUGUCCCAGGCGCACUUCGCGAUUCGGAAUUAAAGGGAGUCACCCUGAGCCCCCGGCUCUUCUAA